AUGAGCUGCCCUGUGUCUCAAAAGACUGGGAUUGGUGGGAAGAAUGCUGAUUCUCCUCCAAAACAAGUUAUCUUCAGAAAAAGCACCCGUGACAAAGCUGUGAGUACAAUUUAUAGUUCUCUGAUGUGUGUGUCCCCCUUCCCUCAACAACCACAAACAUUUUCUAGUUCAACUGUGGUCAUCCUCUCCCCACAGCUGACAAUCUACCUGGGAAAGCGGGACUUCAUUGACAACAUGGGAAAUGUGGAACCUGUAGAUGGUGUUGUAUUGGUGGAUCCUGCUAUUGUCCAGGGAAAAAAAGUGUUUGUGUCCCUCACCUGUGUGUUCCGCUAUGGCCAGGAAGACAUUGAUGUGAUUGGCCUCGCCUUCCGCCGGGACCUGUUCUUCUCCAGGGUCCAGGUGUACCCACCUGCUGACAAGCCAGAGUCUCUCACCCUCUUGCAGGAAUCUCUGCUAAAGAAGCUGGGGAAAAAUGCUUAUCCCUUUUUCUUUACAUUUCCAGAUUACCUCCCUUGCUCAGUUUGUCUGCAGCCUGCACCUCGUGAUGUUGAUAAGACUUGUGGGGUGGAUUUUGAGGUGAAAGCUUUCUCAACAGAAAAUGUGGAAGAGAGAAUUCAUAAGAGGAACUCUGCACGUCUGCUGAUCCGUAAGGUGCAGUAUGCUCCAGAGGAGCCAGGACCCCAGCCUUGUGCAGAGACCACCUGGCAGUUCUUCAUGUCCAACAAGCCCCUGCACCUGAAAGCUUGCCUCAGUAAAGAGGUAUACUACCAUGGUGAGCCCAUUCCAGUCACUAUCACCAUCAACAACAGCACAGAGAAAACAGUGAAGAAGAUCAAAGUCCAGGUGGAGCAGGUGACCAAUGUGGUGCUGUACUCCAGUGACUUCUAUACCAAAGUGGUGGCUUCUGAGGAAGCACGGGAAAAGGUGCAGCCAAACAGCAGCCUGACCAAGACCCUGACACUUUUACCCUUGCUUGCAAAUAACCGGGAGACACGAGAAAUAGCUCUGGAUGGAAAAUUGAAGGAUGAGGACACCAACUUGGCUUCUAGUACUAUCAUUAAGGAUGGAAUAGACAGGACAGUGAUGGGGAUUCUGGUUUCCUACAAGAUCAAAGUGAAGCUCACUGUUCCAGGUAUGCUGGGAGAUCUCACUUCCAGUGAAGUGGGCACAGAGCUGCCAUUUCGUCUCAUGCACCCCAAACCUGAGGAAAAGAACCCAGCAGGGAAGGAUGGUGAAGCAGAGCUGGUAUUUGAGGAGUUUGGUCGUCAGCAGCUAAAAAAUACGCCUGAUGAAGAGGACAAGAAUUCACCCUCAACUGAUGAGUGAUUAAAAGAACAGACUUAGAGAGGAGCUGUGUUGUCUGGCUUCAAUUACAAAUGUAGGACCUAAUUUUCUAGUAGUCUGCAUGUUCUCAGUUCAUGCAUGUUCUUCCAGGGAUCAGCCCUGAGGUCAGUGGACAUGACAACAUGACUCUCUAUUGCUUAUUACAAGAUUCAUCUCUGGAGGAAUGUGGCAAACACAACACCUGGUACUUAAGCUACCAAAGGAGGACAGGACGUCUGUCAUGUCAUGACUUCUG